AUUUAGCAAGGCGAAUUGAUAAAGACAUCAUUUGUCUAUAUUUAUACAUAUAUAUGUAUAAUUAUGUAUAUUGUGUGAUGAUGACAUUGUAUAUUUUGAUGUUUUCUGAUAUCUGUUUGACUGGUUCUUCUUCCUGACAGAGUUCAUCCAUGGCAGGCUUUGGAAAUCAAGCAAACGCUUUGUUCAGAAAAAACCUCACUUAUCAAAAGCGACGAUUGAGGUCACAUUUGAAGGCCUUCUUCUUCCCUGUUGUCCUCUUUAUAUUGCUUCUUGUUUUGCAAAUCAUCACCAAGAGGAUCAAACGCGAUAAGAUUUCUGCAAUAAUCCCUAAUGAGUUUCCUCCAUUGUUGCAAGUUCCUUCUCCCCAGUUUCGAGCUGUGAGGGAUGGCUCUAUUCCAUUUCCAGAUUUGCCCGAUGCUUCGUGCCGGGAAACUGGUUCAUGUCCAGCAACUGUACUUAUCACCGGAAACAACAUAACUCUAGGAGAAAGCCUGGCUGGAAAAAUGUUUACAGAUUCUUUCAAUCUGAAUUCCUCCAUUGAUAAAGAUAGUAUUGCUAGCGGCACUUUUGGGACCAACUAUAGCUUCUCCACCCAUGGUGAAGACAUUAUUCCUUUUCGAAUGCCAAUCUAUAAUAUACAAUCAAAAUGCACAAAUUUGUCCUCUAUUUCAGUCCCGGUGAACUCAUUUGACGAUGUGAAAGAUUUAGAAGUCCUUUGUGUUCGAGGACAACAUGUUUGGCGCAAAAGCUAUUCAGAGAUUAACGAUGAGCUUUCCAAAGGGUACAAAGAUGGGAAUACAGAGGGGAGUAUAAAUGAGAUAAUGGCUGCUUACGACUUCCUGGAUACAAGUGAAAAGAAUUUCAAUAUCCACAUAGCGUACAAUUCCACUUAUGCUGGCAUGGAUCAUAGUGAUGUUAAUGAAUUGCGGGUAUCACGUUCUGAGAAUAUGGCUUCAAAUGCCUACCUCCAAUUUUUACGAGGCCCCUCCAUGGAGGUGAUUUUACAGUCGGUGGGAGAAAUGCCCACACCUGGUGGACUUUCAAGGCCAGAUGAUGUGGCAUCAUCGACGAUUGGCUCGAUCUUUUUUACUUGGGUCAUUCUGCAAUUAUUCCCGGUUGUAUUAUCAGCUCUAGUUUAUGAGAAGCAACAAAACUUGCGAAUAAUGAUGAAAAUGCAUGGUCUUGGAGACGCUCCUUAUUGGGUGAAUAUGUACCUGUAUUUCUUCACCGUAUGUUUAGUCUACAUGUUCUGCUUUGUUUUGGUCGGUUCAUUGACAGGGUUGAUAAUCUUUAGAUUGAAUUCUUAUGCUGUCCAAUUCCUCUUUUACUUCAUCUUUACAAACUUGCAAAUAUCAAUGGCCUUUCUGUUUGCUGCAUUCUUCAAAAGUCUAAAGGCUGCUACAGUGGUUGCUUAUAUAAUUGUCUUUGGAACUGGCAUCCUGGCUACUCUUGUUUUCCAGCCCUUGAUCGACGAUCCUUCCUUUCCUCGAAGUUGGAUUAUAGUUAUUGAACUAUACCCUGGAUUCUCUCUGUAUAGAGGGUUGUAUGAGCUCUCCAAAUAUGCAGAAGGUGGACAUAAAGUUGGGACUUUUGGGAUGCUCUGGGAAUAUCUAAGUUAUAGCACAAAUGGAAUGCGGGAGGUUCUGAUUAUCACAACCACGGAAUGGUUGGUGUUUCUAGUCAUUGCGUACUACCUAGAUCAAGUCAUAUCAUCUGGAAGUGGCACCGCUAGAAGUCCGCUAUUUUGUCUGCGAAGAUCUCCAAAGAAGCUUUUAUCGUCGGUUCAGAAACCGCCUCAGAACAAUGAAUCUGCUAUACAAAUGGAAAAUGAUGAUGUGGCACAGGAGAGGAGGAAGGUUGAGCAAUUGCUAAGUGAAAAGAAUCCAAAUUAUACCACCAUCUGCUAUAACCUCAAAAAGGUGUAUCCAGGAAAGGACGGGAAUCCUGAAAAGUUUGCGGUAAAAGGAUUAACUCUAGCAUUAAAACGAGGGGAAUGUUUUGGUAUGCUCGGUCCAAACGGUGCAGGCAAAACUACUUUUAUUAGUAUGAUGACUGGACUCUUGAAUCCAAGCUCUGGGACAGCAUAUGUCGAGGGUCUUGAUUUGCGAAGUCAAAUGGGGCAAAUAUAUCAGAGCAUGGGUAUUUGUCCCCAAGACAGCUUGUUAUGGGGUAACCUAACUGGAAGGGAGCACUUACUUUUCUAUGGUAGACUCAAAAAUCUCAAAGGGGCUGCCUUAAUCCAGGCAGUGGAAGAAUCUCUCAAAAACUUUAACCUGUUCCACGGAGGAGUUGCUGAUAGACUUGCGGGGAAAUAUAGUGGAGGCAUGAGGCGAAGACUCAGUGUAGCGAUUGCUUUGAUCGGUGAUCCCAAGAUUGUCUAUCUGGAUGAGCCCAGCACUGGCCUUGAUCCAGCUUCAAGAAAACUGUUGUGGGAUGUUGUUAAGCGUGCAAAACAAGAUAGAUCCAUCCUUCUCACCACACAUUCCAUGGAAGAGGCAGAAUAUCUUUGCGACCGCAUAGGAAUCUUUGUGGAUGGGAACUUCCAGUGUCUCGGAAGCAUAGACGAGCUGAAGGUUAGAUAUGGAGGAUCGUACAUGUUCACAGUAACUACAACGACAUCUGAACAAGACGAAAUGGAAGUGCAAAACUUGGUUAAACAUCUAUCUGGGAACGCGAAGAAGACGUAUCAGUUGAGUGGGACACAAAAAUUCGAGCUGCCAAAGAAUGAGGUUAAAAUCUCGGAUGUUUUCCAGACAGUGAAGCUUGCAAAGCAGAGGUGUAAUGUACUGUCUUGGGGUUUAGCUGACACAACAUUGGAGGAUGUUUUCAUCAAGGUGGCUACUCAGCCUCAACCAUCAACAAUAACUGCUACAUCAUAGGGGUAAUCCCGGCCAGCCAAGAUGGCUAAGGAUACAAAUUAAACUUGUAACCACAAGGUCGUAAGUUUGAAUUCCAGUCCUCUUGGUUUGAGUCGGUUACCUAUACUGGUUUGUCUCAUUGUAAUCUUUUGCCAACUAGAGUCAUAAGACAGAGUUUGCACUUAUUCCGUGCACACAUUCAAUUCGGAUAUAAUGACUGCAGAUUUCCCUCUAUUAUGCCGUAUUGUCUACAAAGAAAAGUCAUGCAAUACUUAA